AGUUUUAUUAUGACUUAUCAACAACAAGCUGUAUUUUCCUGUGUUGUGUUUACUCAGACAAUAUAAUCAAUGAGUUAGUCGCGUCUCGACAUGCGAUAACGUUUUAAUAUAAGUAUUAUCUUCAGUCGUCUCGUAAUUCUUUGUGUGAACAAUGAUAUUGGUGUUUAGUCUUCAUUUCAGUGCAGUUUUAGUUGUAGAAAGUUGAUAUUGCAAUCAAAACCAGUAUUUACUUCGAAACAACUAUGCCAAACGCGUUCGUUGACCUAUUGUUUAUGAAAAAAUAACUCGAUUCAAAUAUCGAUACAAGGCUGUAUGUGAAGUUGCUGUUGUAAUUAAAACAAUGAAAUUAAAAAUAGACCGAGGGCUUCUGCCCAUAAAGGCGCAUUUUUUCUUUUUUUUCGCGGCCCUGGGCCCGAUACUCCCGCAGAUCAAUGUGUUCGGGCGACAGCUGGGGGUGUCUCCGUCAGUCAUGGGCAUGGUGACCGCCGUCCUCCCACUCUUGUGGGCAGCUGCUAAACCUUUGUUCGGAUAUAUUGUCGAUUUCUGGCCGGCACGCAGAAAACUAGUAUUCAUGCUGCUUAUUACAAUAAUGACAGGAUCAUACUGUUGCCUUUGGUUCCUACCGAUGCCCGAACCAAAAACAGACACAAAACUACUAGAAUCAGUCUAUCGAUUAAACGACACAAUCUAUUUAAAACAGAAUACGAACGACACUUCAUUAGAAAAAUACAAAUGUCACUGGAACUGCACUUUGGCGGGAAAUUUUGACGUUUAUCUGACAGAUGCGCCAUUUGUAACCACAGUGUAUGUAGACGGUGUAGUGUCAAACGCGUCCUGCUCUACUUUGUCUAUGGAUUUUGAUGAUUUUCACAAUGGAGAUGUAAUGUGUUUACCGAAAGAGGAUUGUAAUUUACUUUGCUAUGAAAAUGAAUUUGAUAUUGUGAAUAAGACGAAGCGCAGUGUUGAAGAUUUUAAUGGAACUGGUACGGAUAGUGUGGAUGAGCAGAAAAGUGAUAAUUUCUAUAUGACCGCUGCGUUUUGGGCGUUCGUCGUUCUGAUGUGCGUUGGUACGGUCGCGUUUAAUGUGGCCAACUGUAUCGGUGAUGCUGUGUGCUUUGAUGUUCUUGGGCCGGAUCGAGGUUCGAAAUACGGGGCCCAAAGAGCUUGGGGUACGGCCGGGUACGGUUUGACAGCCCUACUGGGGGGAUGGUUGAUUGACACCGUCUCUGGUGGCAAGGAGUAUAAGGAUUUCACGCCAGCAUUCGUGGUGGCGUUAGUAGCUACCGUCAUAGAUCUAUACAGCUGUAGAGCUCUUACUCUGCCGUCGCUAUCUAGUCCGGACGACUCGGGCAAGGCGUUGCGCGAUGUGCUGAAGAUACCUAAAGUGAUUGUUUUCAUCAUAUUCGCGGUUGUAGCGGGCACUUUCGAUAGUUUUAUCAUUUAUUAUAUGUUUUGGUUUUUAGAAGAGCUAGCGGAACAAACGGGUCACACAGCUAAGAUUAAGUUGAUAGAGGGCGUCGUCGUCGCCGCGGAGAGUUUAAUCGGAGAACUAUUGUUUUUCUUCUUCUCUGGUAGGAUAAUCAAGCGGUUCGGCUACGGCACGACGUUGACGGUCUCUCUCCUGUGCUACGGGAUCCGAAUGUUCUGCAUAUCGCUCAUACAGAACCCUUGGCACCUCGUGUUUGUUGAGGGUAUACUCCAAGGCCCCACAUACGCGCUAUGCUACUCUACAAUAGUGGGGUAUGCAGCCCAUGUAGCUCCUGAGGGGUAUUCAGCCACUGUCCAGGGUAUAGUAGCUGGCAUGGACGAUGGAGUCGGUUUCGCGAUAGGUUCCCUGGUAGGGGGGCAACUGUACAGCUGGUUGGGGGGGCGGGGCUCCUUCAGGGUGCUAGCAGUCACUGCCAUCAUUGGAUCAGCGAUACACGCUGUCCUAUUCGCUGUUGUAUCGAGAAGCGACAAGAGAGCAGCUCAAAAAGCAUUAGAGGCUACGCCCGAAGCGCAAAAGAUGCUACAAGAGCGAAGCAACGCCAUCUACAAUGACACCGUGAUACCACUGAACGGUGAAGAGAAGUUUGAUAGGUAACGCCAAGAGAUGGCGGUAGUUUGUAUGUAAAUAAUUUUGUUGAACGUAUUUUUUAUGUUUUUUUUUUUGUAAUUAAUUUUAAAGUGGUAUUUAUUUUAUUAGCAGAGGGUUUUUAAAAGAGUGUUAAGUAAAAUAGAGUGAAUUUUGAAUUUUAGGGAACAGAGAGUAAAGUUCCCUAAGUAAAGCAGUAUCCUCCGACCAGGCGAGGUGAUCAUGCCUGGCGGGCUUUCUGCCCAACUGUUGUUCGUUGGGAUUUUCUAUCCGUGUUUAUUCGCUUGUAAACUUCAUGCGAUGUAGGAUUUAUGACGUCAUCCGUUGAUUUGCUCGUCGAUCGUCUAUGUGCGACUUCUGUCAUCUGUCACUUGUCAUGUGUCGCCACAGAAUAAACUUAUUUCUACAUUAAUUAAAGCUUACUCAACUAG